ACCUACAGUACUCAGUCAGUUAACAGCCCAAAGUAGUGUACGCGGUUUACGUGUUUAGCAUUACACUUAAACAGUUUAUAGUUUAUAGUACUCGUAUAAAUUUUUAUUACAUUAGUUAUGACAUUUUAAACACUCAUUUUUUUUUGUAUAGAUUUUUUAUUUUAAAUCGACAGAAAAUUUUUAUUGAUAUUUAAAUUUUAUUAUUAUUAAUUAAUAAUUAAAUAAAUAAAUUUAUUUUUUUAUAGUGAUUUUUUUUAAAUGAGUGAAUAAAAAUAAUUGAUAAAUAAAUAAUGGAAAUUUUGUGGUUUUCUCGAGUUGUUGCCCAUCAUCCCUAUGCAAUAUUAUCAGCAGUAUUUGUGUUGUCAUCGACAUGUUUGAUUGUUCCAUUGGCAACAAAUAAUUUUCCUGAUUUUUCAAACCCGGAAUUGGGAUUUGAAGCACGUGGUACAGCAUUAGCACAAAGAUUAACUGCUUGGUAUAAUUUAAUGAGAGCAACUGGUGCUCGUGGUCAACUUAUUGAUAAUCCUAUUGAAUAUUAUAAUUAUUUAUUACAGCCAACUAAGCAGAAUACAACAGAUUUAUUCAACGGUACCAGAACAAUAGCCGGUAUACUCCGGAAGAAGCCGAAAAAUAAAAACAAGAAGAAAAAAUACAAUAAACUAACAAACGAAACAAGUACGGGUGAAAGUAAAGACCAAUGGGACGAAUUGCUUAGACUGAAAAACAAUAAAAAUCGACCGGCACACAUCCACGACCCAGUGGAAAACAAUAACGAAGAAUUUUUCUGCCACGUCCCCAGCUCCUCUUACGCCCGGGUUGUCAUCGGUUCGGACAACAAAGAUAAGAAUUUAUGGUCACUGGAGGGCGUCUUGGCUCAGUGUCACAUCGACGCGAUGCUAAGAGCGAAUCCUGAAUUUCCAAAUCUUUGCGAGCUUCGUUCUGUUCGAAAUCCCGACAGUAAAAUAUGCUGCCGCAGCUGGUCUCCGGCGAACUACGUUGCGUUUUUGUCAAACCGGACUUCAUGUUUGGGUGUAACUGACACCGACUUAAGUAGAAUUGAAAAUUUAUUGAAACGCUGCGCUUAUUAUUAUCGGAACCGUCAUUUGACUGCUGAUUGUUCUGAAGAUUUUAAUUGUCAGAAACAAGUCCCCGCAGAAUGUUACAAACACAACAAUGCGCCUUAUCAUUUACUCCAUUAUCUAUUGGAUUCUGACUUCAUGUCAUCAGACGUAAUUAAAAAUAACACGAAUGCAACACUUGGAGCCGCGAUGUUAUUUUUGCCAAUAGCUGCUAGUUCAGCGUCACUGAAAUUUUACAAGAACAUCGCAAUUGACGGUCUAACAUACGGCAAUUUUCGGGUAGUGGCAAUGGAGUUGGGUUUAAAAAGCACAUUAUUUGACCGUCUACUCGUUUCUGAUUCGUCAUUUUUAUUAUCUGGCUUUGCGUUUGUUACUAUUUGUAUCUGGGCUUACACAAGUUCAAUUAUUCUCACGUUAUCAGCAAUAAUGGCCGUUAUUUUUAGUCUCGGUAUUUCCUACGCUAUUUAUACUCUGGUCAUAAGAAUCAAUUUUUUUCCUUUUAUGAAUUUAUUGGCGAUCGUUGUUGCCGUUGGAAUUGGUGCAGAUGACGCAUUUAUAUUUUGCAAAAUAUGGGAAGAAAACAAACAAGAAAAAAUAUCAAAUGGCGGCAUGACGAAAUUAGUACAAAAAACGUUAGUUCACGCAGUACCGUCGAUGCUCGUGACAUCACUGACUACAGCUGUCGCAUUUUUUGCAUCAAUUGUCAGUAAUGUUACGGCAAUAAAUUGUUUUAGUUUGUUUUCAGGAAUGACAGUGAUAGCAAAUUUUUUCCUUAUGGUAACAUGGCUGCCAGCAAGUGUCGUCGUAUCUGAGCACUGUCACAUCGUAAUUUUAUCACCAGCAAAUUUUAUGGUGCGAAAAAUAAUACGUCCAUUGAAAAUAACAAUGGAUAAAGUGUCAAUAGGCUUCAGUAAUACGUUGUCACGUAUAGUUAUCGGACUACGCUGGCUAUGGCUGCCAAUUUUCGGUGCCUUAGCACUAGCCGGUGGUAUGAUUGUAUUUAGUUACCCUGGUUUGCGUUUGCCAGAUUCACCAAACUUCCAAUUAUUCGACAGUUCACAUCAAUUUGAACGAUACGAUUUGCAGUACGCUCGAAAAUUUUGGUUUGAAAAACGUGAAUCGGGUGAAGGAGAAGGAUUAUUGCCACUGCGGUUCGUCUGGGGGAUAAAACCAGUAGACAAUGGCAAUUAUUUAGACCCAUAUUCCCGCGGGGAGCUUGAAUUCGACGAGACAUUCGACAUAUCCGACCAAAAAUCCCAAGUAUGGUUACACAAAUUCUGUAAAAAUUUACGAGCUCAGCCUUUUUAUCACAACACCGAGGGUCCAAUGUUGUCCAACUGCUUCAUCGAGUCAUUCCGAACAUGGAUGACCAGACGCUGCGAGGAUGUAAUCGAUCCCCAAUUAAGUCGAGCUCCUUGUUGUGAAGCCAGUCCUUAUCCUUACAAGCCUCAGGUGCUGCGACGGUGCGUUGCCGAAGCAAGCGCGGAUCUUUAUCGCACCCCGUCUUAUUUAUGGACACGUGGGGGGACAGUUGCAGGUGGGAUGAAGUAUUUGAAAGAUUCUGUUAAGCCUCCAGCUCAGUUACUUAGCAAUAAUAAUAACAGUAUUAGUAAUAGCAACAGUACAGCAUUAAAAAUGCCAUUGCCUAAAAUAAUGGCGUUAAUUGUCGAAUAUGACAGUACAUACUCUUACAGUUUAUCGUUUUCUGAAAUGAACGAAUUUUUCAAAAAAGUAGAAAACUGGAUGCAGCAGCAGUUGAGUACAGCGCCGAGGGGAAUGAAAAACGGAUGGUUUGUAAGCCAGCUAGAAUUUUACGAACUGCAGCGGACACUUUAUGAAGGGACGCUUUGGGCGAUGGUCGUGUCAAUGAUUCUGGCACUCGUCGUGCUGGCGCUGGUGACACUGAACCCCCUAGUGAGUCUCUACGCCAUUUUAACGAUCGGCGGUGCCAUUUUGACAACAGUCGCGGCGCUUGUUCUGCUGGGAUGGAGACUAAAUGUCCUGGAAAGCGUGACAGUAUCGACGGCAAUCGGACUGGCAGUUGACUUUAGUCUUCAUUACAGCGUAAGCUAUCGAGCUUGCAAGUCGGACAAAAAAGCUGACCGCGUCAAAAGGGUUCUCGAGCAAAUGGGAGGCCCGACGCUGAUGGCCGCCGCUACCAGCGGAGUCUCGGGGGCCCUUAUGUUGCCUUCUCAUGUGCUGGCUUACAUACAGAUCGCGAUAUUUUUACUUUUGAUAAUGGGGGUCAGUUGGCUGUACGCAACAUUUUUUCUGUGCCCACUGCUGGCAGUUCUUGGCCCCUCGCCGGAGUUCGCUCAGUUUCACUACGCGAGGUUGAGAAAAUUUUUUCCGGGUUUUCGGGGCGACGGGGGAGCUGACAGAAAAGAGGAUGCAAGUGACAGCGCGGGUAACAGCAGCUGCAGGAGCAGCAAAGUUGACUGGCGGAAAAAAAACAAAUCUGGGUGCAUGCUGUCCGAGUCAAAUUUGAGCACCUCGAGUACUGUCUGUCAGUUGCAUUAUCCGGACAUAGAAAUACGUCUUCCGGCUUCAGAGUCUUCAUUGCCAUCACCUUCCUCACCUUUACUAUAUCUUGAUUCCAAUCAGACUGAUUCUAUUAAUAGUAGACGUAAAUAAAUUUAUUUUUAUUGUAAUUGUAAUUUAAAUGUGAUGGUUGUGUUUUAAGCAUUGGACUCUAGUCUACUGACUUAAAGGUGCUAUUUUUAUUUUUUAUACUAAUUUAUUUUUUAUUGUAAGUAGAAGGAGAAGUAGAAUGGAAAUAUUGACAAGUUUAUGAUAACUACAAAGUUUUAAUAGACUCUAGUUUUUUUUUCUUUGCAAAAUGGAGUAGACUCAAAAAUAAAGUGAAAGUUUUAUGUAAAAAAAAAAUUCCUAUGGACAAAAAAAAAACAAAUAAAAAAUUUCCAUGGAAAAUUAUCACGGGAUAUUAUUGCUGGGAAAUUAUCGUCUGGGAAAAUAAUAACGGCCUUCCGAAAUAUAUUCGAGUAAAAAAAAAUACUGAGCCAUAAACAAUAAAUUUAAAAAAUUAUUUAUUUAAUUAAAUAUGAAACUUAAUAGAAAGUUAUUUAACGUUAAUUUUUUUUCACGAUUUUAAAAAUAAAAUAAAAUAUUUCGAGGAUUUUACACUGGAAAAAAUUUGCGGAGUGGUAGUUUAUUUUGAUAUUAAAACUCCAAAUCGGAGUAAAAAAAACCGAGUACUUUGAAAUCACUCCUAAAAAGACAAACUCUCUGAUUACUCCGUAUGCCGAGUGAUUUUUUUUUUACUCCGAAACUCCAAGUGAAUUCGGAUUUAAAUAAAAUCCGUAAUCACUCCCAAUUUUUCGCAGUAUUAAGCCUCAAAUGCUCCAUUUUGCUUGACAAUUUUUCAACCAAUUCCCUAAGCUCGUAAUAAGAAAAUCUAUAAUUUAAAUGUAGAUUUUAUUAAAAGUAUUUAUUAUUUAAAUAAAAAAAAAUAAAUUUAAAGACUCAAUAAAUGAAUUUAUUAUUUUUAAAUAAAUAAUUAAGUUUUUGAAAUUAUAAAUAAUAUUAAUUAGUUAAUAAUAAUUGUUUAUAUAUAAAAAGGCUGUAACGAUUGUGAUUAUGAAUUUAUAAAUGAUAAUUCUAAUGACAAUUAAUUAUAAUUAAUAUUAAGUAAAUAAAAAUAAUUAUCGGUGUUACAUGUGGGGUUGAGUAAAAAAAAUAAAUCAGUAUUUAAUCAUGCGGAA